UUGCAUGGUGUAUCGCAACCAGUCAUCAGCAAAACAUGCAAAAAGGUGGCAGAAUGCCUCUAAAGGUUCGGACAAACCAACGCGUGCAGCGAUGGCGAUGGCGAUGGCGACCACUGCGCGUGCAAAAGUUGUUUCACACUGCCGCGACCGCGAUGGCGAUCACUGUGCGUGCAGGUUGUCACCAGCCUGGCGCCACCAGUCCAAAGAGAAAAAACGAUCGUAUGAAACGGAAGCGAAUUUAUAAGGCGUCUAUGUUCGAAAGAUUAUUCAAACCUACAAAGCAGUGGACAAUUGACGGCAUUCGAAUUUAGGCGGAUUGUACUUCGCCGCCAUCUUAGACCGCCAUGACAGGUGUCAUUUCAUUUGUCUUUUGUUGUUGUGGUUGUUCGGUCUGAUUUUUUGCUCUUUUUGCAAGUAAUCUACCUAAGUUUCUAAAUAAUUGCGUCUAUAGGCAUUCAAAACAAUCAAAUAAGUAAAAAAAUGAGUGGAUUUAAAAGGAAAAAGUGCGAAAUUUGUCAAAUAAAAACAUGUAGAAUGGACGGACAAAAAAGAAUUUUCAUGGCAAGAUUUCCAUUAGAAGAAGAUCGCUGUAGAGAAUGGGUAGCAGCUACCGGAAACAAAAAUUUGAUUAAUGUGCCUAUAGAAAAAUUGAACCAAUUAAAAUAUGUUUGUGGCAAGCACUUUGUUACAAAAGAUUUCAAGAAAAAGAAAACGCAGUUAAAGAAAAAUGCUGUUCCACGUAUUGAUAUUGCUAAAAAUCCGUUACCAGAUGACCUGUUCCACAGCUUUCCAUUACACAUCCAACAUAUGGCUCAAAGUAACACAAGGAAAAAUGUUUUACACGAUCAUAAUUACUACAGCUGCACUGAUCGCGGUUGGUAAAUUAUAUAUUUGUUUUAUUAAUUCAUUUUAUUUUAUUGGUUGUCAUUCAAUAAAUUAAUUCUCUUAUGUGUUGCAGAAUCUUCAACUUCAAAACUAUCAAUAGAGUGUGAC